AUGUCCAUCGUUGCGUGGUUGGUGAUGGUGUUGGCGGCGAGCGUGGCGCACGCGUCGUUCCAUCGACACUUCUACGAGUUUCUCGUCGACAAAUUCACCAAGCCGAUCGCCGAUGAUUUGUUGCGCGCCGAUUUGGGCAAACGCGGCUCGUUCGGCGGCGGCAAUCCGAACGCCAGCGGCCUUCCGAUUGUGGUGGUGCACGGUCUCGCCGGCUACGCGGGCCUCUCGAAGAAGUCGCUCCUCAAGAAGUACUACUCAUACGGCCAACCGAACGGCACCGUCUUCUCGACGACGUACGCGAAAGGCCGAUUGAUGGACUCGCUUCAGCACGGAAUGCAGUGCGAUUAUGUUCUCAAGGUGCGAACUUUGAUUUUGGCGGUGCACGAGUACACGAAGAAGCCGGUGAACGUCGUCGCCGUUUCGAUGGGCUCGCCGAUAUCGCGCAAGGCGAUCAUCGGCGGCCAUUGCGUCGACAGCGGCGUGAAUUUGGGCCGUCCAAUCAAUCAUCUCGUCCACAAUUUCGUCUCGGUCGCCGGCGCCAACAACGGCGCGCUGAUGUGCUCCAGCUCGCCGUUCGUCAACGGCGUGUGCAGUCCGAUUCAUGGAAUGAGCUGCCGCUCGCGAUUCAUUCAGGAGAUCAACGCUCAACCCUAUCGCUACGGCAAAAACAUGUUUGUGAUCUACUCGGUGGCCGAUGAGAUCGUCGGACUGCACAACAACUGCGGACAAAUGUCGUCGCUGUUGGCCGGCGCGACGACGAUUGUGAAGACGCGCCUACUCCAUGGAGCCGUCAUCGGACAAACCACUGAGGACCAAUGGCGAGCCCUUCAGACGCCAUAA